GCAUCGAUCCAGAGGCGGUUGAACAUGGGCCGGUCCGCGAAGUAUCCCACAUCUCGUAUUCACAGUACAUUUACUCGAAGGAAAUCAUCUGUAUGCAGCCGCCGACUGCUAAGCGAAAAAGAUCGAAUGGAGGCGGUACUUCUGCUAAACCAACAAUCUCAUCUGAUCGGAGGCGACAGCCUGAUUGGAUCCCCACAAAGGACAAGGCCUAGUCGUGCGACUUUUGGACGACCCGGAACUUCCACUACCCCCAUUCCCAGCAUUCCGGCUCCCACGGUUGUUGAAGACCUGUCUAAGGUGCACUCGGACGAGUCUUCCUUAGCCCAGAAUCCAUCUUCGCAAACCGUAGACCAUCGCACCUCACUCAUUCGAUCCCCACUGGAUGACCUCAGAAGGUUGUCUUGGCGACGACCCACCGACUACCGUUUCAUUCCAUUUAAACAAAUUCGUUCCCCAUCGGCUUCGUUUGUCGCUAGUGGUGGUGCACUCAGACGAAGUCAGCGUAUUCGUCCGCCAGCAAGGCGGGAUCCCAAUGUGGCUGUGGUCUACGAUUGGGAACCUAACUCUAUCGGAAUUCCGUACAAAAAGCCAGUUGGCCUGGCUGUUUGGCCGACCGACGAAGAAGUGCGAAGGCGCCGACGGUUCCUUCAACAAAAGCGAGCUCGUUUGAGUGAUACGAAGAUGCGUCUGCUUAGAGUUCGACAGCGAGCAAAGCGCCUGGAACGUCUGGCUCAGCGAUAUCGCAAACGAACGGGUUCUGCUGAUACGGCUAAUCACCGGCCAUUAAUCCAAUUAGACGAUGGCGUUCAAUGGGCUUCAGACGACCAGCUUUGUUUGCCAUGUAAUUCUCUGGAUCGCAGUACCGAACAACAGGUCAUCUUUCCUGGCACACAAAUUUCUUUUAAAAACGUUACUACCUGUGAACAUUCUGUAUAUACUGUUCCGGCUUUUUCGGGUGUCUGGUCUCCGGAACUCACAGAAAUUAAAUACGGCCGAGUUAUUCCUCAAUUGGAGGUUGAUGUAGACCUGACGCGAGUAGUCAACGAUGAACAACAGCGCCGUCAACUGCAUUAUGAUCCCGACUCGGUGAACUUGUUUCAUUUAAUCCAGCAAACUCCAGGCACUAGCUCAACCUCCGAACCAAUCCAACCUCCAUCUCAAUGGGCAGUGCAAAUCGCUAAUUAUGCUUUCCGUUUGAAAUCCCCUUGCUUUAUCCUCAUUCCUAAAGGAAUUCCGUACAAAUUCAUUAACGCAACACGUGAUGACUUACUACUCCUUCGUAGUAUAUAUUCAUAA